AUGGCUCAGAAAGUAGCUGACCUCCGCUGGAACGAAGUACGGUAUAUCAACUGCUAUGCGCUGUUCAUGGGGUACCUGCUGAUGGCUGUUAGGGGGCUGGGCUUCCUCGUCAUUACCUGGUCCACUGUCGUUCUCCUAGGCGGCUUCGUCUCCAAUCUGGAGAAGAAGGACUUUUGGUCUCUCACAAUCAUUACCCUCGUCCUAACACCUCGGGUCUCUGCUGAUGUCGGUCUGAAGGGGAAGUUAAGAUAUAUUGGUUAUUCGAUAUUGGGCCUCACUCAUGCUAUAGUUGCCACGCUGAACCCAAACGGUACUAAAGACACCUGGCCACGCCGACUUCUAGCAGCUGUUGUGUUGCUGUGUCACCUGCUGGUGGGCCCUAUAGUAGUGUGCCCACUAGCGGCUCUCUACAUGUGUGGGCCGCUGUUCAGCGCCGGGAUUUCAGCGUGGCGUCUCAUAGAACAUGAUUACGUCGUCCCCAAGAAGGAAGAACAUACACACCUGCAGCCAGCGCUGAUUGUCUUGUACUCUUUGGCUAUGUUGCAGGGUUUCCUCUUCUGUUACAGGUUUUACUCCUCUUUUGCGCGAGAGGACCUAGUGAACGACGUGGCGGAAGAGUACAAGAUGAACAACAUCAAAGAGGCUGUGGAGGAAUACCUGCGUGAGACGGUGAACAAGUGCGAGAAGGACCCAGCAUUCUUCAAGGAAACAAACCUGGCGACAUAUGCUGUGGGAAUGAUCAAGUCUGAAUCAUCUGAAAGCUUCCUUUCCGGGGCAAAGAUUCUGGACGCGCUGUUGGAGCACGCGCCCACAGUCACAGCAGAGGAGCGCACACUCACAGCAGAGCUCAUCAGUUUGGUGGCGUCCUCUAGCCAUGUACUCGAGAAGCUGCUGCAGGCGCUGGAUUCCACAAGCCCAUACGGCGAGACGAUUAGGGUGGUUGCUGCCAACAUAGUGACGCACCUUGCCAGCAGGAUUCCUCUGAUGCAAUUCCCGCAAGGGAUCCAGCGCAUAGGCUCGCUCAUCGACAUCUCUCAGCAGCAAUUCGAAGAUGACUGGCGUAACGACUACAAGAAGCUCAUGGAGAACGGCUUCGUUAUCCUCCGCAAGCUCGCUGCCGACGAGGACAACUGCAGAACCAUAAGCAACGCCCAGGGCCUGCUCUCCAAGGUCUUGGCGCCGGUAAGCUCCGACCUGCUCCACCUCAUCGACCACGAGGCAUGGUCGACCACCAUCGCAGCCGCGUCGCUGCAAGUCAUGUGCCGCCUCGUGGCUGCUCCGGGAGAGACUGGCGCUAGGCUGCGUAGACAAAUCUCAAGCGACAAGGAAGCGAUCCAUGGCAUGGAGAGGAUCCUAAGGUGCUGUGGAUGCAGUGAACAUGUUCGCAUAUUAACCAUUCAGAUUCUCACGCACCUAGCCAUGGGCAUGGAUGAGGAGUCUGUGCGUGUGAACAAGGAAAGCAGAGAAAAUUUUAUCAAGAUGCUCCCUUCCAUUUUCACCGAUGAAGCCAAAGACUGCUCCAUUAGGAAAUUGGCAGGUGAAGCACUGUUGAAGCUAAGUCAAAGCGAAAACAAUGCUGCCAUCAUCUUGAAGGCAAAUGAUCAUGUUGUCCGCGAUCUCAGUAAAAUCCUCCUUUUAGGUGCUGCGCCCAAGAGCACAAAUCGAAUUAUGGCAGCUAAAACACUCAAGCAUCUCUACGUUCAUUACAAAGAGAAUGAUGAGUAUCUCAGGGCACUCAAGGAAACCAUGGAGGACGUGAUGCCAAAGAUUCUCCGAGAAAUAUUACCCCCUGUUGUGCUGAAUGGAAACGAUACACUAGCAGAAAACAGAACAUAUGGACAAAGUUCUCCUUUGCAAAGCCCCACUGACAUAGAAGCCCAAGUUCGUGCUCCACAAGAUGACGGCCGUAGCAACAACAAUUCAACUUGUCAGCAAAAUGAUGACAAGAAAUUGCACGCAGCUCUAUUAUCUCUUGCUAUGGCAAUAUUUGACAAAUUGAUCACCCAAGAUCAUAAUUUGGCUCAACUGGUCGAUAAAAUUUCUCCUGGAGAUUCUCCAACGAGCUUUGCCAAUAAGCUCAACGAGAUUGUGCGGACAAAGAGUCAGCCCAUGGCAAGUUGCUUGAGCAUGAUGAGGAAUGCCAGCAAGAUGGUCAUAUCAAUGAUGAAACACAGUGACAGCUACCUCAAAGAACACUUCUUGAUGAUCUUCAUCCAAUCUUUGUCCGAUGCUUGCAAGGCCAUGUCAUGUAUCGAGAGCUCUAUGAUUUUAUAUAGUGCCAAUCGUGGCCCAGUGAAGCCUCACAAGACUCUCACUUCUCUACUGAAAGAAGCACAGGAACUUGUAGGCUCAAAGGAGCCAAAAGAGCGGUGA